AUGAAAGAAAUUAAGGAUAUAAAUGAAGGAGCUUACAAUUGGUUAGCAACCAAACAAAAGUCAGAGUGGACAAAGGCAUACUUCAAGGAAGGUGUUAAAUGUGACAUGUUAUUGAACAACAUGUGUGAAAGCUUCAAUAUGGCCAUUAUGGAUGGAAGGGACAAGCCCAUUGUCACACUGUUGGAGACAAUCAGAGGUUGGUUAAUGUCUACUUUUACAAAGAGAAAGGAAGGCAUACAAAAGUGGAAGCAUGGAGUGCACAACAACAUAGCAAAGCUUGUAGCAAAAAAUGCUGAAAUUGGUAGGAAGUGCUCUGUCACAAGAGCAAAUGCUGUUUUAUUUGAAGUUAAAAUGUCAGAAGCUGGUGCCUUUAUGGUUGAUUUGGACAAACAUGAGUGCACAUGCAGAAGGUUCCAGCUCACUGGAAUUCCUUGUGGUCAUGCCUUGGCAGUCAUUUGGUUUUGUGGCCAUAAUGAAUGGGGUUACAUACAUAGGUACUACAAAGUUGAAGCUUAUGGAGCAGCAUAUGCAGGCACAAUUUCCCCCAUGCCUAGCCCUGACAAGUGGCCAAACAAGGGCCUUAACCCUAUAUUCCCUCCCUGUGAGCAUAACCUUCCUGGCAGGCCAAAAAAGAAAAGGAGAAGGGGUGCUGAUGAAAAAGAUCCACCUGCAGCUGCCACAGUUAGAAAAGCCAGCAGAGUUGGAACUGUCAUGCAUUGUUCUAAAUGCAGAAAAACUGGACACACAGCCCCAAGAUGCAAGGAACCUGUACCAGAUGUGCCAAACGAGGCUCCAAAGAAUAAAGGAGGUAGGCCACCAAUUCAAAAUCCAUCUGCUGCAACACUCAAGAGGAGGCAGAGAAAGGACAACCAACUUGCUAAAGAGGCUAGGAAGAGGGGUGAAGGUUCAAGUUCCCAGCGUCGGGGUUGA